UGUUUCCUCAUAUGUCGGGACUGGGUUGUUUACCCAACUGCAGAGGGAUGUGGCAUUUCAGCGAAAGCAGGCUUCACCAGCAUAAUUACUGCGAGACAUCCGUAACAUGAUAACUGUCUUUGGCUGAGUAGAUGAAUAUCACCUAGUCAAAUGAAAUUGUUUUGACUUACAAGAUAAGAUGGACGGCUACCCCGAUUCGAGCGGCAGGGUCAACACCAACGAAGCCUUCUGCACGGUGGUGCAAACGCGUCUCUCGGAUCACAGGCUACUCUUCUCCGGCGAGGUGGAUUGCCGCGACAAAGAUCCGGGAGCUCCGGCACCUCCCGCCUGCUACGUGGAGCUCAAGACGUCCGCGGAGAUUCGCACCCCCAAACAGCGCCGCAACUUUCACAGGUUCAAGCUGCUCAAGUGGUGGGCACAGUCCUUCCUCCCUGGAGUCCCUCGCGUCGUGGCUGGCUUCCGGGAUGAUCGCGGAGUUGUCGUCUCCGUGGAGACCUUUCGCAUCUCCGAGAUUUCGCGGCUCAUCAAGGCCGAGGACAACUGUUGGAGGCCAACCGUUUGCAUGAACUUCUGCAGCGACUUCCUGUCGUUUGUCAAGCGUGUGGCGACCCAAGACAAUCCUCGAGUGGUCUAUCUGUUGGGCUGGAACCCCGGCUGUGAUGUGACAUACUCGGUCCACAGGGACUCCUCUUAUUCUUUCCUGCCGGACUGGUACGUCAAGGAAAUGAGCUAAAGAUUCUCGCGUGAGAGGUGCCCUUGCUCAACAAAGACUCCAGAUCCUUUUUUUUUUUAAAGGCCGAUUAAAUAAGAACACGCAACAACAAACGUUCACACAAAGAUCUGUCGAAACCGCAGCAUCGGCGCUCUUACAGAAGCGCUGGCAGCUUGUAGCGUUUUGAUGCAGCGUGCCGCAAUCAGGUGAAGGUGUGUGUUGUGGCCUAGCAACACGGCGUGUGGGAGAAACGUGAGAAAUGCUAAAAUGUCACGCUCAUGUGGAAAUUUCAAAAGUGGCUAUCAUCUGCUGCUAUUUUUCAAAGAAAUUAAAAAAAUCCAUUCUUUA